AAGGAAAAAAAGGAGAAUUCCAACUGCUUCCAUGCUCUCAAUAAACUGGCCUCUUGUUCACACUCUCGAUUUGCAGUGCAUUGCAUUCCAAUCUUUGGGGCCAUGGGGACCAGCUCUGUAGUAUCCACGAUUCCAAAUUUUCAUUCCAGUAUCAUCAUCGCUACCAGCUCGAAGAAUGCUCCCGAUGGUGGCAUGUCAAACGCUAUCUGUGGGAAGGUGGAAGUGGGUAGACGAGGAUUUUUAAAUGGUUUGAUUGCUGUAGGAGUUGGAGGUAUUUGUGGAAAAGCAGCUGUGGCGGAGGAGAUGCCAAUUCCUGAAGUGGGGUUGCUAGAUGGCCGACUUCGAGGGUGCGAUGGACGGCCACCGUGCGUGUCCACAUCCGCGUUUCGGAGUCCCAGUCGAUUUAUGGCGCCCUGGACUUAUCUUGGAAGUCAAGAAGACUCCUAUGAUGCUCUCAAAAGAGCCUUGGCCCGAAUGGGUGCACAAAUAGUGAAGGAGGAUGGACAACGCUAUGUGUACGCUGUUCUGCAGUCUUCCACAAGCUCAAAGGAAGACGUAGAUGACCUUGAGUUUCUCUUCAAGGGGAAGGUGGUGUGCUAUAGGUCGGUCUCGCGAGUGUUCAUCCCUGAUCCUCCCUUCUGUUGGUGGGCUGGCUGCAUCAACGGGCCGAGAAACCGAGGAAGGUUGGAGAAGCUGCGAGACGAUCUUGGUUGGGUGCCCCUGGAGACUGAUGAAGACAAAAAUUGGGUGCCGUUGCUGUUGCAUUGAAUCUGCAUCCUCGAACUACACAAACACGACCAUCUGGGUCUCAUAUAGAAUUGGAAACAGUCUCCUGAAAUGUGCCAGGUUCGCUGUUACUACCAAUUACCGAUUUACAGCCAAUUACAUGUUAUUGCAGGACACAGGAAUUCAUAGCUGUAUUUGUUGAUAGGGUGUCCGUAACAUCCUUUUGGAAUCCUGAACUUUUUCUUGAUUAUUAGAAUUCGAAUGGAAUAAAAUUUACCAUGCUUGUUUUAUUUUA